UCAUGCUGCUGCCAAGUCCAGAGUCUCUCAUGGGUCCCUGUACGGCCUCCCAUUGCUGCUGUCUCCAUCGCCACACUCUGCCAUGUGCCACUUUCAGGUCUCUUCACACUGCUUGUGUUUUCAAUUUUUUGACAUAGGGUGCUGGCAGAUUACGGGCCUCCCAUAGCUGCUGCCAGGCCCCUAAUCUGCCAUGGGCCCCUAUAUACCGCCUCCUCAUGCUGCUGCCAAGUCCAGAGUCUCUCAUGGGUCCCUGUACGGCCUCCCAUUGCUGCUGUCUCCAUCGCCACACUCUGCCAUGUGCCACUUUCAGGUCUCUUCACACUGCUUGUGUGUUCAAUUUUUUGAC